AUGCCAACAAGAGUCCUCGAAGACGUGCCAGUGGGCGAUGCCACUAGCGAAACUAGCCCUGCCUCUGCGGCUACUGCUCCUCCUCAAAGCAGAGCCAUGGUCGAAUCUGGUCGAUCGAUGCAACAGGCAACGGGUGAUACUAGUAACGGUAAUGCCUGCCUUCAAUUGACGUUGGGUGGUGUUGCCUUUUCGUUGUUUCCAAGCAUGAAUCCUGAGGGCCAGGUAACGUUUCAAGCGAUUAGUGGCACUGGGGCCACUUUGAAGCUGAACAACUUUACUGGUGAUCUUACAGUAAGCAUCACGUCAUCCGCCAAUGCUGAACAAAAUCUCAGUAGACCUCUGCUUCGACAAGAGUCAGUGACACCAUCUCCUACGGAAACCAACAAACGCAGUUUCCCUUUGUGCCAACAGCGAAUGCUCCAGCAUGCCAGUGGAGCGUCGCCCGAAGCUGCAGGAGCGCUCAAGGCAUCGGACUCCCAAGCUCCCACACCCACCAUGGCCAAUGUUAGUAAGCAGCAAGCCAGCAAGAGACAUCAUAGUGCCAGUCAAGAAGUGGAGCAAGUCAAGGUGGCGAGUCGGACCAGUCCUUUGCCACACCAUUCUCCUGUCAAGCGUAGCCGAAGCAAUGGCAACGGCAAUGCCAACAAAAAGUCCAAGAUGUUGUCGCAGCAGCUUCCGCCGUCCCCCAUUGCUCUCCAAAAGUCGCAGCAGUCUCCUGGAUUGACCCAGCAGUCUCCUGGUCUCACGCAGCAGUCUCCUGGUCUUACGCAGCAGUCUCCCGGUCUCACUCAGCAGUCUCCCGGAUUGACCCAAAGGUCCUCAUCGCCAGAACAGCGGUCUCCCAAUAUGCUAAUGUCGCAGCAAGAACUCCACUGCUCUCAGCCUAGCUUUAGCUGCUCCCAACGCAGCAAUGACAGUGAUGAUGAGGAUGAGCAAGUAAAGCAGAAGCAGCUGUCGCAGUCUUCGAGUAGCCACGAACCCGAGCUCGCCACCGAAGCGGAAGAUGUCAGGGACAAGGAGACGGUCGAGCAAAUGGAACCAAAGGAAGACGACAAUGACGAAGAGGAAUCGGUGGCAACUCUCAAACCGGACGAUUUUCCCGAAGAGGAUGAAAUGGAAGAAGAAAAGAAGGAAGACAAGGAAGACACCGUAAUGGACGAAGCGGACGACGACGAGGAAACAAAGGAAGAGGCUGCUAUUACAGAGAAGGAACCGGUUGGCGACGGAAAAGCUGGCGAGCAGGGCACCACCGGCAAAGACAAACCCGAAGAAGAUGCAGACGAGGAGGCUGCUGCUGAAGAGGAAAUCGAAAUGCAACUAGAAGAGACCGAGAACACCGCCGCUGAUACAGCCCAGGAAACGACAACUGCGACCCAAUCUCCUACGAAGCAUGACGUGCCUUGUGCUCGUUGGGGACACACAAUGACGAUGAUCGAUCACAACCGCAUCUUGGUGUAUGGAGGACAAGCCUAUCAGACAGACAAGGACAAGGAAAUUGUAGCUGUUACGAAGUCCGAUGUCCACGUUUUUUCUCUUGAUAGCAAAAGCUGGUUUAAGCCACAGAUGUCGUCGGAAUCAUCGAUGCCUCGGCAGUGGCACUCGGCCACGUUCCUUCCGGAACGCGAUCUGUUAGUAUGCUUUGGAGGUGAAGUGAUGAACCCCAAAACAGGGCGUCUUACCACUUUCGAAAAGAAUGCUCUGAUGUGUUUAGACACUGAGAUUUUGCUUUGGUAUCCACCUCAUGUUUCAGGAGACAUGCCUUCCGGUCGCAGUGGACAUUGUGCUACUCUCCUUCCGAGCUCCGCAAACAACGAGCUUGUGAUCUUCGGGGGCACUAAGGGGGGCAAGUUUCUCAAUACCGUCAGUGUCUUGGACACAAACAAGUGGGUGUGGAACACCCCAAAAAUCCAAGGUAUGCCACCAAGAGGCCGUAGUUAUGCCACUGCGACCGCUGUUCAAUCGACACAAGCUGGCGUCAUUGGGGGGCAUCAAAGUGAUACAGUUUCUUCUAGCAAGCAUGCCAUGAUCAACAUCAAGCACCGGAUUGUCAUCUUUGGAGGCAAUGAAGCGCACCAAUCCUUUGAUACAUGUCAUGUCUUGGAAAAGACUGAGGGAGUCAACACUACGUGGAGGUGGCACCAUCCUGCGGUCACUGGUACCCCGCCCAAGCCAAGGACUGGACACUCGGCAACCUUGAUGGAGGAUCAAAAGACCAUUUGCAUCUACGGAGGAUGGGAUCCGACGACAGAAGAUAGUGACACUCCCGGAGACGACAACAUCUUUCAAGACAGCUUCUUGCUGGAUACCGAAAAAUGGACAUGGACGGCAGGGCCUUCACCUGUCUUUGGGGGACUCUCCCCAUUGGAUUUAUCACUACAAAAUGAAGGUGCCCGUAGGGUGGGUCACACCGCUGUGAAGAUUCCAAACCAGAACCAAGUGUUGGCCUUUGGUGGACGGGUCCCGGAGGAUGUGUUUGCUGGUGACUUUCAGACAUUGAGUAUGGCCAAUAAUUGA